CAAAAUUGUCAUGGAACCAUCAAUGACAUCGGGUACCGGAAAAGAGGGCGGCGCCACCUUUAAACGCCGUGUGUGGACAUCGGCUGAAGAGAAUGCCCUAGUUAAUGCUCUAAAGGAUAUUGUAACCGAGGGGUGGAAAACGGAAAACGGCUUCAGAACGGGCUAUGCAUUUCAAUUGGAAAAAAAGAUGAAGACAUAUCUUCCCGGAUGUGAAAUUCGUGCUGACCCGCACAUAACUUCCAAAAUGCAUGUUUGGAAGAAAACAUAUGCGAGUUUGGCCAAUAUCAAAGCAAAUAAAUCGGGUUUGGGAUGGAAUAAUGUUUUAAAAAGCUUCUCCUGUGAUGAUGAUAAGUACCAAUCGUUGAUGAAG